AUGUUGGAGGCGCAUGGGCAUAAAGUGGUAAGGCUUCCACCUUAUCACUACGAUUUAAACCCCAUCGAGCUGAUAUGCAGUGUCUUAAAAAGACGAAUUGCUGAAAAAAACCUAGGUCAGGAAGCAAAUAAAAUCGUCCAAAUCACAGAAGAAGCAUUUGCAACGAUCACCGAAGUAGAAUGGAGAAAAGAAUGUGAGCACGUGAAAAAAUUAGAAGAAAAAUAUUACGCUGAUGGCCAAGUUAUUGACAGCGAGAUGGACAGGUUCAUAAUUGAAGUGGGAGACGAUAGCGACACUUCUGAUGUCGAAGAUGAUAUGGCAGAUGAAGAUGACGACGAUCUCUUGGGUAUAAGUCCGUUAGAUGAGCAUCUUUUGCCUGAUCAUAAUUAUAAUAAAAAUUAUUAAAUUA